AUUCUUAUGCAAAUUAGUUUAGUUAGUAGUAUUCACACGUUGGAAAAUAGGACACGAUCGUUACCGCAUGCUAACCAGGAAUAAUAUUUAGACAGAAACCAGCUUAUCAAAGACACUUUAGAGACAUCACCAUAAAUCGAAUAAGAUUUUCAUUAUACGAUUGGGUGUCUUGUUCUAAAGUCUGUCCUGUGAGGAAACAUACUUGAAGAAACAUACAUUCGAUUUAUGUUAAAUUGUCGAAGAACGCGAGAACUGUAAACCGAGCGAAUAAUGAUAGGAAACCAUGGCGGAAACUGAACAGUUGAAACGUGGUAAAAUCGAUCGAAGAACUGCGAAAGGAGCUUUUACUCGAGCCUGGAAAGCGUUAGAUCACGUAAUCGGUAAUGAAAGACCGGUAAACGAGGUACAAGAACUUUUGGAUAAAUGUAAAGGAGCGUUUGAACUUUUAGUGCAAAAACACGAGGAGUUUACAAAUCUAAUCGAGGAUGACGAUGAAUAUGAAGUAGAGGAAAGAUGGUUAGCGGAAUGCCAGGACUCAUUUAUGAAAAUUGAAACGAAGGCAAAGCAAUGUAUUGAUAAAUUGAAGGAAAUUUCAAGCGAAGACGAAGACGAAGUAUCGGAAACAGCGUCAGUAUUUUCAAGAAAUUCUCGCGAGAACCCCCCGAGUGGAAACCCACAACAGUUUGAUGGAAUUCCAAAUAUGCAGUCAAUGACUCGAGGAGAAACAAAUGAGGGCAGUGUUGACAAAGACGAAGCGGAUCGUUUCCAGGUAUCAAAAGGAUUAGCGAUAAAGGAAGACAAUGAAAACCCAAUUAAGGAACAGCAAUUUUGUGGUUUUAAAGUUGAGAAACCUAAAAUGCCAUCAUUUUCAGGUGAUGUAAGAGAAUAUGCAAUUUUUCGUUCUGACUUUAAACAUGCAAUCGAGGCUCGAUACACCAAAAGGGACGCCAUUACACUGCUACGUACCUGUUUGAAAGAUAAACCUUUGGAAUUGAUCAAAGGAAUUGGAUCCGAUUAUGAUGCAGCAUGGGAGUAUUUGGAUGCUAUUUAUGGAGACCCUCGUUUUGUAUCAGAUGCAAUCACACAAGAUAUUACCAAAUUCAGACCACUACAGGAUGGUGAAGAUGCCCGUUUUUGUGAUUUAGUGCACCUAGUCAAACGAUGCUACAACACGUUGAAGGAAGUCGGUAUACCAAGUGAUAUGGACAAUAGUCAUAUGCUUUCAAUCAUAGAGCAAAAAAUGUGUGCUGAUGACAGAAAAAUAUGGGCACGUUACCUGGAGCAAGAGAAAAAAGUUCCAACUUUACAAGCAUUAAUGUUAUGGAUGACAGUGGAGAUGAAGUCUCGUAUGCGUGCUACAGCACCAAUCAGAUCAACCUUUGUUCACAAACGUACAGUCACUCAUGUCGCUAGUGAAAGCAGCAACCGCAACAUACUAACAAGACACAAAUGCUGGCUUUGCUCAAACUCUUCACACUGGCCAGAUCAAUGUAUAAAGUUUGCUGGGCUCAAUGUGAAUGACCGUCACAAAGUUGCCAGAGAGAAUCAUGUUUGUUUUAGCUGCCUGAAAAAAGCUGGAAGAGAUCACAAAGCCGUCAACUGUAGCCGUCGCAAACAAUGUCCAGUCGUUAAAAAUGGUAUACGUUGCAACGGUUUCCAUCAUCAUCUCCUGCACAAAGAGGAAAACGGCACAGUAGGAGUCGGAGUUGCCAUCGCAUCUGAUGACGGAGAAGCAAUCCUUCCAGUUAUUACAGUCAACAUCUCCAAUUCAAGAGGUUUCUUCAAGCGAGGAAAUGUAUUGUUAGAUUCAGGAGCACAAAUCAGCUUGAUACGCCAAGAGACAGCUGAAAAACUAGGACUUAAAGGUCAAGAUGUAUCAGUCAACAUUACAAAAGUUGGUGGAGAGGAAGAAACAUUAAAAACAAAGAAAUAUACCGUUACAGUUUCCCAAAUCAAUGACCAGAAACAGUAUUCAGUCAAGGCAAUUGGCAUUCCAAUAAUAAGUGAUGGUAACAAAUCUGUCAACGCAUCCAGGCUACAAGAAAUUUUCGGACUGCAAGCAGAAAAGGUGAGAAGAGGAAGCGGCCCAGUGGACUUGUUAAUCGGCAUAGAUUAUGCUUUCAUGCAUUCAGGUAAAACAAGGCAAGCUGGCCAUCUGAUGGCUCGACAGUCUCCACUUGGAUGGGUAUUUUUUGGAGCAAGACCAGGAGAGACAUGUGAGGUAACAAGCAUACUUCAUGUGAAGUAUACAGAACCAGUUGACCUUGCUGCCUUUUGGACCACGGAAUCAAUGGGAGUUAAUAUGAAGCAAUGUAUAUGCACUGCAGACAAACUGAGUGAAACUGAGAAGGAAGAGGCCAGAAUCAUUGCAGAAUCGUGUGUUAAGGUGGAAAACCAAUGGCUAGUUCCAUAUCCAUGGAAAAAGGAUCCCAAUCUUCUACCUGACAAUAAACAAUUGGCAGUGAAGCGUUUAGAAUCAAUGGAACGUCGAUUGAAGAUUAAACCCGAACAAGCAGAAGCUUAUGAUAAGCAAAUGAAAGAAAUGAACGAAAUGAACUUUUCACGUAAAUUGACAACUGACGAAUUAAAAGAAUAUAAAGGCCCUGUGCAUUACAUCCCCCAUCAUGCAGUCCUAAGACCAGAGAAGAAAAGCACACCUGUCCGAAUCGUGUUCAACUCAUCCUCAGUGUUUCAAGGUCAUCAACUCAACGAUUAUUGGAUGAAAGGCCCAGACUUAUUGAAUAACCUGUUUGGAGUCAGUCUGCGUUUCAGAGAAAGAGAAGUAGCAUUGAUUGGUGACAUAUCAAAGAUGUAUCAUCGAAUAUUGAUACCAGAACAAGAUCAGCAUGUACACAGAUUUCUUUGGCGUAAUUUAGAGACACACAGAGAGCCUGAUGUUUAUGUCAAGACAGUUCUUACAUUCGGGGACAAACCAGCUCCAGCGAUGGCACAGAUUGCUUUGAGAAAGACUGCAGAAGAAUGUAAAGAAAUCAAACCGAAAGCUGGAAAGGUGCUGACAGAAAAUGUUUACAUGGAUGAUAUAUGUGAAUCAGUGAAAACGGUAGAAGAAGCAAAGAAGCUAGCAGAGGAUAUAGAUUUUGUUUUAAAGAACGGAGGUUUCCAAGUCAAAGGAUGGAUUUCAAACAAAGAACUGCAUGAAAACAGCAAGCAUACAGGAGAGUCAGAUGCAAACAAUAUGCUGAAAGAAGAAGCAGAUGAGAAAGUACUUGGAAUUUCUUGGAACAGAAAGUCAGAUACGCUGUCACUUAAAGUUGACUCUGACUUGAUGAAACUCAUUGAUGAAGAAAAGCAUCUAACAGAGAAGGUAAAACUAACCAAAAGAAGACUACUGUCUGAAGUUGCAAAGAUUUAUGAUCCAAUCGGAUUGGCUGCUGCAUUUAUUAUCAGAGCUAAGAUUGGAAUACAGGAACUAUGGCAGACUGGAAUUGAUUGGGAUAUAGAAAUUCCUACAAAUAUGCGAGGGAAAUGGAUUGAACUGUUUAAAGAGAUGAAAGAGCUCAACAAUAUUUCUUUCAGAAGACCAUUGCUAACAACAGAUGUCAAAGAAAAACCAUCAUUGUGUUUGUUUUCAGAUGCGUCACAAGAAGCCUUUGGAGCAUGUGCAUACCUUCGACAGAAGAUUGAGAAUGGCAAAUUUGAUGUUAGAUUCGUUGCUGCCAAAACAAGAGUUGCACCACUAAAACAGCUAACCAUACCACGCUUGGAGUUACAAGCUGCUGUCCUUGCAUCACGUCUUGCAAAAACGAUUCAAGAAGAAUCAAGGAUCGAAUUCAAGGAUGUUAACUUCUUCACAGACAGCUCGAUAACAUUAGCUUGGAUUCAAAGUCCAUCACGCAGUUACAAACCAUUUGUAUCAUCCAGGAUAGGAGAGAUUCAAAGCAAUUCAGACCCUAGCCAGUGGAAACACAUUCCUGGGGAAAACAAUGUAGCAGACGAGCUGUCACGAGGGAUUCAUGUACAUGAACUGAACGGAAGAUGGAUGCACGGACCAGAGUUUCUACGAACUGCGGAAGAAUUAUGGCCAACAAAAGCUAUUCCGUCGCCAGUCAAAGAAGACAGUGAACGUCGUAAAGCUACAAAAGUCUGCUUGUCGAUAAACACAAAGCCUGAAAAUGUUAUCAAUUAUGACACAGUCUCCAGUUGGCCGAAGCUUAUACGAGUUUAUGCAUGGAUCAAAAGACUAGCUGAAAAUAUCAGACGCCUGAAACGUCAUGUACCAUUUAAAUAUGGACCACUGAAACCCGAGGAACUCCAGAAAUCAGAGUUGUUUCUGAUCAAAGAUGCACAAAAAAGCUUACAUAACCGUUUAAAGAAAGGUGAAUUCAAGUCACUCAGUCCUUUUGUUGACGAAAAUGGAGUUAUUAGAGUUGGAGGCAGAGCAGAUAAAGCUUUAGUGUCUUAUGAGACAAGACAUCCAGCCCUACUGCCAAGUAAUCAUAGGAUUUCACUGCUGAUAACCAGACACGUACACCAACACGGACACACCGGAGUUGCAACAACCACAGCAAAGAUAAGAAGGAAAUAUUGGAUACUUACAGGCAACAAAAUAAGCAAAUCUGUUAAAUUCAAGUGUGUGUUCUGCAGAGAAUUGGCACACAAAGCAGAAGAACAACAAAUGGGAAGCCUUCCUGCAAUUCGACUGACACCGCAAACACCACCAUUCUACUACACAGCAUGUGAUUAUUUUGGACCGUACAAUGUUAGAAUUGGACGUAAUAAAACAGCAAAGCAUUAUGGUGUCAUAUUUACAUGCUUGAGUACAAGAGCAGUUCACCUAGAGCUAGCAACAGAUUGUUCUACAAUGGAAUUUUUACAAGUACUGAGAAGAUUUUUUUGCAUUCGAGGCUAUCCAGCAGUAAUUUUGAGUGACAAUGGAACACAGAUGGUUGGUGCAGAGAGAGUUUUGAGAGAGAUGAUAGGGGAAUUCGACACUGACCAACUUCAAGAGUUUUGUACAGGGAGAGGCAUAAACUGGAUUUUCAUCACACCGGCAGCACCACACCAAAAUGGAUGCGCAGAAGCACUUGUAAAGAGCAGCAAAAGAGCAUUAAAAAUCGCUAUUGGUGAACAAGUUUUGAGACCCUUUGAAUUAUACACUUGUUUGAUGGAAGUUGCAAACUUGUUGAACCAACGCCCAAUUGGUAGAAUUCCAAAUGAUCCAGAUGAUGGAGCCUACUUAUGUCCAAACGAUCUUCUGUUAGGAAGAGCUACCCCAGAAGUACCUCAAGGCCCAUUUCAAGAAACUAAAGACCCACGUCAAAGGGUAGAGUUUGUUCAAAAAAUUGUAAAAUCAUUCUGGAAACGAUGGAUACGAGAUGUUUUUCCAUCACUUGUUCCACAAAAGAAAUGGCACAUGGACCGCCGCAAUGUCCAACCUAAUGACACAGUUAUUGUUGCCGAGAGCAACGCAAUCCGAGGUAAAUGGAACAUUGGAAGAAUCCUUGAAGUAUUCCCGGGACCUGAUGGACGAGUGCGCAAUGUCAAAGUAAAAACAGCAACAGGAGAAUACAGUCGCCCAGUGACAAAGAUAGCAGUUAUAUGCCCAGCAGAAGGAUAUGAAUAAAUAACUUUACAUAUUUGAUAAGGACCACGCCCUUAUCGGGGGCGGAGGAUGUUUCGUUGAUUAUAUAUUCUUAAAGGACAUUAUUAUUAUGUUGACAAGUUGCUUUGUAUUAUCCCGCUCUGUUUUAUUCUUAUGCAAAUUAGUUUUAGUUAGUAGUAUUCACACGUUGGAAAAUAGGACACGAUCGUUACCGCAUGCUAACCAGGAAUAAUAUUUAGACAGAAACCAGCUUAUCAAAGACACUUUAGAGACAUCACCAUAAGUAAGUAAGUUUAUUUUAUUGUAUUUUCGUAUUCAGUUUCCAUUCCAGUUAUUCAGUUUAUCGCCGCUGUAAGACGUUUUGUAUUUACUUAUAUUCAUAAUUUACUUGUUUUAGAUCGAAUAAGAUUUUCAUUAUACGAUUGGGUGUCUUGUUCUAAAGUCUGUCCUGUGAGGAAACAUACUUGAAGAAACACUUCUAUUAACAAGAUACAUGUAGCAUAGAGAAUUCGAAAAAUUUCACCUGGUUGUGAUUUCAAUUCGAACGUAUAGAAUUUGCCAAUAGUUGCAAUGACAGUAUAGGGCAAAUAGCAAAUGAAAAUGGCCACCAACACUAAACGGAUGGUUCUCACGGCAGAAAGUUGC